UAUCAAUCUUUUGGAAAUGGAAAGUAGACAAUCCCCCACACCAUGAAUAUAAGUCACUCCUAUUUCACUGCUUUAUACAGUUCACCCAGCACAUGUGUAUCUCUAUCGCAACGUAUCAGGUUAUGAUCUGUGCGGUGAUCUAGGUUUCUGCAGUCCCAGUGCCCCGUUUGACCCACAUUUGUGUUGUUGGUUCUACGUGACAUUUAGAAUUGACAUAUAACUCUAUGCUGACGUAUUAGACAUCAUUUAGUUGAUCACAUAGCGUUAGUAGUAUGCAAUAGUAUCACUAUUUGCUCUUAGAUUCUAGCAUACCGUAAUCGUGUUGUUCCGUUUAUGACUGUAACGUCAGUGUGUUUUUUAAUGAACAAUUGAGUAUCACUAUGGCUGCACAAUGUUCGGCGGGUUCCGUUGGUGCUGCUGGUAAGAAAUGCCUGACGCAAUGCCCUACCAAUGUUAAGGAAGCUAUUGAUUGGGUCAUAUGCAUGACGGGUAAUGACGGUUGCCAUUGUCAAAAACCACAAACAUCGGGUUCUCCUGGUGAAUGUGUUACGAAUGUUGCAAAGGAAGUUGAAACAUUGAUUUUGCAGUUUAGAAAGGAUGGCGAUACAUCAAUCAAGAAUGGAUGGCCAGAUAUUGAACUGUUGAUGAACAGUGAUAGUGGUUCUGGUGAAAUUUCUAGCUAUAUAGAAGCGCUUAUUAAAGGACUAGGAGAGAAGUUGUCUAAGUUUCUUGGUUGCAUUAAUUGCACGCCAAAAUCAUGUGGAAAAUGUCCAAGUGGAGCUGCAUAUAAAAAACGUUGCGCUAAAAUAUUACUGGGUUGUAUUCCGCUAAUAUUUUCUUGCUUAACGUACUUGUACUGGAAUUGCUCCGAUAAUGCUAAAGAUAGAAACUGGAAGGACUGUAAUUUAAAUUCUGGUUUAACAGACGCGUUAUGCACUUAUUUGGCCUAUAUAGGUUUUGACAACACGCAACUUAACAAAUGUAAUGGAAGUGUUAUCAACACACUUCUCGACUGUUUCAAGGAAUUGAAAGAUUGCAUAGCGGGUAAGAAAUCCACAUCGCAAGGAAAUAACAAACCGAAAACAUAUGCGGAAUUCGUUAAUGAGAUUCACACUGCAUUUAGUACCAUCGAUCAGGAAGAAGAAACGCGAGAAACACAGGAAAAAAAACAGGCAGAGGGCAAGGAAAUGCCUCUCCAAAGGCUUUACAUGGGUUCAUCAUCGUAUUUUCAGGCCUCUCAGGAAAAACACAACCAAACGGCAGAUGAAGCAAAGCGCCCCGAAUCUAUUUGUGAGCUACUGUAUUGGUUAUUAGGACUACCUUACACUCCGGUAGGUGUGAUAGUGGGAAACGGGUCACUGGGUGCGUUGCUUGGCAUAGAAGAUGAAGCUAGCGGGGAUGAUGGCGUCUGUGGUUAUUUGCCCUCGGGAAAGUGUUGCCCAUCACCACCUACAACCACUGAGUGCCCUAUGAGUAAUGACACCGCCGAUUACUACUUACUACCUCCAUGCUACUACUCAGCUUUUGUGCUGUUGUCUAUACAAGGAAAGCUUGUUUCUGGAAAGAAUGCUAAUAUUCUUAAAAAUGCAUCCAGCGGAGAAAUCCCUAAUCAGACACCUGAACCUUUUCUUCACGACCUAUACGCCAAUCAACACUUCAAAUUCUAUUAUCCAUCAUCCGCCAGAAGCUGGGUUGUCAUGGUUUGGGAUGUAGUAUAUGCUCUCUAUUUCCAAUUAGGAUUCCUCUACAAACAGUGUCAAGUGAACUACAAAGAUGGAUACGGAUGGAAAGAUUGUGCUUAUGGCAAGGGAGUUAAAUGUGUUGAGUCAAAAACGUGGAUAUGUACGAAUACAAAAUCUCCAGGUGCUCAACAUGAUCAAUGCGGAAAAGAUCCUAAUAAGUCUUCCCCCCUUCAAGGUUACUUAUGUGAUAAACUCACAGACUUCAAAUGUGAAAAUAACGACGACGAAUCCGAGCCCAAAUCCUACUGUGCCCACUUGAAGCACGUCCCACCUUCUCAGUGGUGUCCAAUACCAAUGGGUUUUUUAGGUAACUUGGAAACUAUUACUCCCGAACGCAAAGGGGAGCAUCUCUCUGUAAUUUUAUCUCUCUACUUUGAAAACAAGACCGAUGGUGCAAGCCUAUACCAAUUGGUGUUGUUUCUUGGCAUUGGGUCACUUAGAACACCUCGCUGUCUAGGUGACAUGUUUGCUUUUUUCUGUGGUGUCGGAGGGUUGUGCGAUGAUACGCCCCUUUCAAAGGAUAGUUCAUUGGUAGAACUUUGGAAAGAAAAAAUAACUGGGUAUCCGGGAACACCUAAUCCAGAAAAAAUUACGAAGUCCUUGAAAACAUUAGCUGGAUGUUGCACCCAAACAGCUUCAAUCAAGGACACUUGUGAUAGCCUUUGCAGUUUAAGCCCAGCAGAUAUAUCUAAAUGCAGUUCCUGCACUAAAUACCUGUGUUCUAUAUCAUGGUCAGUAUACACGGUCUUUGCCACGCGCCAUAUCGAAUGCUACCUUUCAUGGGUUAUUUAUAUGAUCGAAGAUUUUCAAAGUAAUCUGGAGGCAUUUCUUAAGUAUUUUGAGGAUGUUGAUUGUAACCAUGGAUGCCCAGGUUGCCUAAAUGGCCAGAAAUGCCACAAAAUAAACAACAAGGGUGGAUGUCAAUGCAAUGUGGUUGAAUGUAAGCGUAUCCUUGGAGCACUGUAUCGCUUUGGAUUCACAUAUCAGGAAGCUUCUACUCUGCAAAGUGAUAAGAAGUGCUCCGAUUUCCUCCAGCAAUUGAAGGAAGUAGCCGAUGGAAAACCUUUAAAGGACCUUAUUAAAGCCGUUAAUCAAAUACUCUAUUCAAUCCGUUUAGCGUUUAUAUUUUGGGCAUGGUUGCUCUGGACAGUUGCAAUUGUCUACCUCAUCUUUGGGCUUGUGGUAGACCUAGACAUCCUUCACAUCAGAUCGCACAUUUGGCUGAAACACACACACAAUAUUCCAGCCUUUAAUUUAUUUGCGGCCAGGCGCCUUAAAUACGGCAUACAGGUUUACUUCGGCCGAUAGAUGAUGUUGACUGGCAGGUCAUUGUAUGACCCCGAUACUUGGUUGUACCAUGUAUUCCAUCAUCUUCCUUUAAUGGGUAU